UUAAAGUGUUUCGCUUAUCGCUAAUAUUAAACGGAUACGAAGCGUCUGAUCGUCGUGUCACAUAAGUCUCGAUAUCUUUAAUUUUUGAAAAUGUUAAAUUUGAGCGCGAGAAAGGUAAAGAGUUUGAAUGACAUUUCUGAAGUGUUCAAAAGAGGCGAUUAUGCCGAGUCGGAAGUUUCGAAGGUGUCUUUUGAUGAGAACAUUGUUAAGGAACAUUUUAAAAAAUUAUACCAGGCAAAAAAGGAUGUUUUUCUUUCACUGAGAAUCGAUCUACAAUCGAAAGAUAUUGAACAAAGUGAUUCGAAUAUUAGUGAUAUGCAUGAGAAGAACGAAGAAAAGGAGUUGCAAAAAUUGAAAGAAUCGAAAGUAAACGAAGACGAUCGAGUAAAGAGAGUCUCUAAGAUCGAUUUUGUCAAUCGAAAAUUGAAGAAAAAGAAACGAAUUUUAUCAGGGAUCGACGUUUUUCUGUCGCUUAAUUUUAUUACUCCGAUGAUCAUCGGCUUUUGGAAAGGAACAUGGUCGUUGAUGGACAUUUAUAAAGAUAAGUUUCCUGAAUUGUUCAUAUUUUUUAUGGGUCUUCUGGUGCACGUAAAUUUUGCGAUUAUGAAAAAUUUCCUACACACUUAUAUCAUUAAAAUAUGGAAAAAGAAAACCUGGCUGAGCAAGAUCUAUUGCAAGAGCUUGCAAAUUCUGUAUACAUAUAUCUUUGGAAUUGCUUGCAAUAUGCACUGGAAAGGCUCCUGGGCUAUUUUCGACUACUUCUUCUUGGAUCAUAUUUGGAAUAUAUAUAUAUAUGGAAGCACUGUCAUUCGAGAUAGUGGGCGUCUCGUUUCGUGUCAACCAUCAUUAAUUGAACGUGUAAAGUUAAUUGUAGUUGUUAUUACACUCGUAAUGAUAAGCUUGAUGAUUUUACGAUCCUUUCGAAAUAUUCUUGCACCUCCAUUGAUAAUUGUAGUGGACAAACUCAUCUUCGUUUUUUAUUUUCCAACAAGAUAUAAAUUGACAAAUGAAGAAAUUGAAAUGAUCACAUCGAUCAAACGAUCCCUGAAAAAUACUACACAUAAGAGUUUCAAGAAACCCAUUUUUCACAAUCAUCCUUACCAUUUGGAAGACUUGGUUGAAAAGGAAGUGGACUCGGCGAUGCCUUUGAACUUUCUUAGAAGCAUAGUGUGUACAGACACUCGAGAACGAUUUGAAUUGAACUUGACAACGAUCGUGAUUGAAAGGGCUCAAUUGGAAGACCAAAGGACAACGUUUCUCGUGUCGAAUAAUGAGAGGCUCUCGGUGGGAUUGUUCGAAAGCUCGGCCCGAAGGCGUGCACCACCAAAGAGAGCGUACCACCACAGCCUCGAAUCAUGCAUGAUGAGCGGUGCGACUAGGCUCGAUCAGGAUUGGAUGAGAAUGGUCGAGUUACGAGGUGGCACCGGAAUGACGAGCGGACUGAGCGGUCGGUCAUCGAGUCGUCUCCAUUACAUGAUACUCACGAUUUUGGACACGGUAUUCUCAGCCAUUGUGGCCGCACCCGCGGUGGUCGGUUACUGGAGAGGUACCUGGGGUUUGAGCGACGUCUAUGUAUAUCCGGAGGAUCCGGUGCUCAGCAGUUUGACCUCGAUAGUGAUCGGUUUUAUAGGGUUGUACGCGUUCAAUGUCUCCCAGAACGUUCUGAACGAACUUCUACACCCGGACAAACACAGAUUGUCGUACUACGUCGGAUCGAGGUUGUACACGGCCGUUUUCGGGUUUUGCUGCGUAAAUGCGUGGCGUGGCGCGUGGCAGGCCCUCGACCUGUACACGGAACACACGGCGAGCACGGUUUUCGCCACCACCAUUGUUAGUCUUCUCGCAUUGGCGAUCAUGCGUGCCGUGAGGAACAUUUCCGCGCCACCGUUCUCGCUUUGCUUGGAUUCAUGUCCGGGAUACUUCGAAGUGCAGACCAUGUUCCGAGUGAACAACACAAGGGACUGGUCGUUGUACUUACUGGAUUGUGCCUUCAGCGUUGGAGUGGUUGGUACUUUGGUUGUGUUCGUUUGGAGAGGUGUUUGGAUACUAUUCGAUCUCUAUCUUUUUCCUGACGAUCACGAUUAUUCAGCUAUUGGAUCUCUCGCCAUCGGAUAUGUGAUAGUGACAAUGACGUUUUCUCUGCAACCAUUGAUGCGAUACGCGUGCGCUCGUCUUCAAGGCUUGGCCCGUUUAAUAGUGGCGGAUUGUUUCCUGCUGCUCAGCUUCCUGGGCACGGUGAACGUUUGGCGUGGUAUCUGGAACGUGUUGGAUCUGUGGCUUGUACCGGACAAUCCAGAAAUGUCCUGCUGGAUCACUCAUGUCGGGUGCUUCGUUUUCCUCGUACUUCUCAACUGCAGCAACUCGAUCCUCGUUCGCGGCGUUUACAUCGACGCCGAGGAGGAUGAUGGCAAGUGCGUCGUAUUUCCUUGCCAUUAUCUUCGAUUGUUCUUCAAGGUCGAACGCGAGAAGAAGGAAGCGAGACGACAAAACUUGCUGGUGGCCUCGAAGGAUUUCCGCCCACGACCAGACGGAAAUCCCAAAGACACGGAGAACGGGGCACUUUUACCGAAUAGCACCGCCACCACUAUCUUACCGACGAAUCCCGAAUCUCUCGUCUAACAUCGGCUUUCGAGGAAACAAGAUUCCAAGAAUUCGUGAAUUCCCUCUUUAAAUACUCCUCGCCGAUCGAUCUUCAUGCAUCAUCGAAAGACAAGAAAAAAAGAAACACAGAAGAAGAAUUGGUUUCUUAUAUUUUGUGCUUUUGUGGCCAGUGAUCGUACAGUGAAAUUGGAGAUCGUACGUAGAAACUUCAGGGAAACGAAUAUUAUACGCGGACUUCAUAUUGAAGUCGUCAACAAGUUUGUAAAGUAUCAACGAAUAAAUAGACGGUGGAGCGCAGAAAGUAGUUGUAUAGAACGAGAAAUAGAUAGACGCGCAGAUAGAUCGCUUAGGACAACGAUUUUAUUAUAAUAGAUCGAUAAGAAACGAUCGCGAGAUGAAAAUGAACGGAGUCGAGCAAAUUCGACGGGAAUGGCUGUGAAAGAAUGAUGAUUAUGUGUACAUAAGGAAUUGAGUGGAUGUGUGUAUGUGUGUGUACAUGUGAACACAAAUGUGUUUUCGAUCAUUGCAUGCCUCGAGAGUACAUCCCUAAUCGUGGACGAGGGGCACUACGAGAAAGAUAUCCUGUUCGCCCAUCAAAGUGUAUUUGUGUAGGCGGUGAGUUGUACGCGAUAAAAAAUAGAUACGUACACACGUAAUAGAGACACGUGCGUUUACUCGACGAUUCAUUCAGAAUUCAGAAUGAUUCCGCAACACUCUAUUAAGCGUUUUAAUUCGAGCGCUGGCUCAAGAAUCGUACAUCAUCGUGCGUUUCUCGUAUAAUGCUCCGAUAACGUGACAUCGAUGGACAAUUAAACGGAAGUUUAACCACCGAAUGUUUCAACUAAUUUACGAAACGAUUAAUUAUAAGGACUCGUUAUUAUCCGUAACAAGUACGAGAUAAUAACAUCAAGGUGAAAAGUGUUCGUCAGCAUCGAUUCCAUAGGACUUCUAGUCAUCGUUACACCGCUUUCACCAUCGAUAUCUGCCUCGAUUCGAUUAAAUUUAAAUAUUUUUUCCAACAAUUAACGAUUUAUUAUGAAAAUUGUACACUUGCGAUUCUAGCGUUAGAUGAGACCUUGAUGAUGACAAUGGUAAUAGACUGGACACGAUCAUUAUAAAUGGGUUAUAACCUUCUCUCCUGCAUCCUGUACACCCCGCAGAUUUUGCUCUUGUACAUCAAUUACGACGUCAUGGCGUACUAAUAAUUAAUUAACUGGAAUAAUGACGGGACAAUGGGCGGCUGGCACAUCGAUGGGAAGUAGCUAGUUCGAUGAUAAGCGGUUGCCCUCCUGGCCUACAUUUAACAUUUUCACAAUGGACAAUGUGCCGGCCGUAGUGCCGGAAGUUUUCUUUCGUCCCGCAGAAAACCGGAAUCGAUCGCGGUUAAUUGGGGAAUCAACGAAUCGGCACGUUGUUCUCCCUCGAAUGUCUAGUAUCGAUACGCUAAACACACCUUGCCAUUCCAAAAUUGCACAGCCUGUUUAAACGUAACAGCGAUAUUAUAUUUAUACGCGAGUUUUAUCACGAAUUGAAAUAAAAAAAAAAAAAAUUGAAUUGAAAUAAACAUUCAUUGAAAUAAAAAAGAAA